AUGAUCGAUCUGAUCUUUCUAGUCGUUCUUAUGAUCUACGUCGACUCGAUACUCUUCGUCCUCGCUUCCUCUAUUAUCGUGCAUGGCCUGGGCAUCAACUCCUCACGCAGCAUCUGCGAAGCUGGAAUCUUUCUCUGCCUGAUAUGCUACAUGACAACCAAGAUCCUGAUGUACUACUUCUUGGUCGAGCGCGCGUACAUUGCUCGCGGAUCGCUAAAGCCACGGCUGAAGACGAAGCUAUGGCUGUUCAACUGCCUGUUCAUGAUCCUGCCGUACACGGUGUUUGUGGUUAUGAACUUUAUCUGGCGUAUCACGUACAUCAAGAACAAGGGCAUGUGCAUCAUCGGGAUGCAGAAGAUUGCCAUGUUGCCAUUGAUCAUCUUCGAGGUGGUUGUAAAUAUCUAUCUCACUUUGCUGUUCAUUCUCCCGCUACGCAAGCUCUAUUCGUACAAGAACAACGUCAAUCCAAAGCUAAAUCGUAUGGCCUUCCGCUCCCUUGUCGGCAGCCUCGCAACCCUCACUACCUCGAUUGCCAACCUCACUGUCCUUAUGGUGCUGCGAGGCGAACCCGGCUGGGUCUGCUUGAUGUGCUGCAACGCCGACAUUCUCUUCUGCGUCUUGGUACUGCACUGGAUGACAUCCAAGGACAAGCCGGUAUCAAGCACCUCAACGUACGCCAGCAACAACAAGAUAUCGGACGCACCAAAGUAUGCUCACGCAUCCAGCCACCCAACACAACACAACGUCAGGAUGGAGAAACAGGGUGCUGUCCAGUCCGAAACCACGGAGAUAGCGCAGUACGACGUGCCUUCCAGCAAAAAGACAGCCGGCCCGAGUAUGUGGCCAUGCAACGCCGCGCCCACCUCGUCCAAGCUCCCCGGCACCAUAACGACGGAAAUCUGCAGCGGCCAGGCUCCCGUCUCGCACAGCAAGAGCCAGAGCAGACGCGGACUGCACAAGAGCACCGACGGCGGCGAAUGCGGGGACGAGAUGAAACUGCACAGCAUCCACGUGCACCGCGAAGUGUGCAUUGACAGCGGGAGCAGCGUGAGCGAAAGCAGUUUUGGCGAGCAUGGCAUAAGCAGCCCGUGGACCCACAGUGUCGAGGAUGCGUGGGGGAUGAAGAGAAGUGUCAGUGCCGACAAGAUGGUUUGA